CUUCACCCACAACAACUGGUGUUUCCUCAAUAUUGUCAGUAACUGCAGGGAUGGUGACUGCUCUGUCAAUAUCACCUUUGGUAAAAGCUUUAAUCGUUGACGACAACAAUAUAACAGCUAAAAUGCUUUCGAAAAUUCUCACUAAAGAAUUUGGUCAUCUUACUUCUUGUACUGCGAGUGGCAAAGAAGCUCUUAAUAAAUUAUCACUAGAAACUUUUAAUAUAAUCUUUAUGAAUAUAGACAUUCCAGAAAUUUCUGGCAUAGAAACAACCUUAGCUAUACAUUCCACAGGUUCUAAAGUACUUGAAAAAAAUCGACAGAUACCAAUAAUAGCUUAUACUACAAAUCCUUGUGAAGACCGAUAUUUUGAAGUAGGUAUGAAUGGUUGGGUUGGAAAACCAGCAAGUCAAUCAAGUAUUAGACAAGAAUUGGAAAGAGUUAUGCUUCUCGACAAAGGUCUUCAUGCUAUUAUAGUCUAA